ACGGCAGAAGGUAUGCUGAAAUAUGCUACUAGUACUUUCUUGUUUGUUGAUAUGGCUUUUCGUUUCGCUAAAUUGCGUCGGAGAGCGUCCAUAUUUUCGGCAGUGUUCAUGAAACACGAAAGUAAAGAAUUAUAUCUCCUGGAUAAACAAGCAUAUAAAAAAGGUCUAGUCAUCUGUUGAGAGAAUCCGGCAUCAGAUUGGAUUAAUAUGGUUUAUGAGAAACGGGUUUUAAUAGCAGUUUAAUUCUUAUAGUAUAAUACUUAAAUAAAUUCACAUGAUUAUUUUGCUAGCGUUUGGGCUCGUCGAGCCUCUUCUGAAGCCAAGGGAAGAACGUAGACGUUACUGCCAUAACAACUGCUACUGAUGGAGUGGAUAUUUGAUUUACUUGUUUUGUGUUGGACGCUGCUGGCGCAAAUAUUCUACCAAGUUCUAAUCGUUGUCUUUGGUGCGCGUGUAAACUAAAGUGAGCGAGUUCCAGUUAUUAACGCAAUGUUGUCAUGGUUAAGAGCGCAGGUGUACAACAGCUGACAUUAACAAGUUUGAAGCGUACUCUCUCGUGAUUGGCUGGACACUAACAAUGCAUAUUGACUAGUACAAAAAAGCUGAAAUGAAGCAAAUGUUUCAAGUCUCAUACAAAAGAAGACAAGAUGGCAGUCGCAACAACAAGUACUAAUAUUGAGAUCCACACUUCCACGCAUCAAAAUGAAGACGAGGAUACCGCAACAAAACUGGAAACGGUGAAAGAAAUCAAGGUGAAAAUGGAUGAAUUGGAUCGACUUCAAAACAUUUUAAUGCAGGAAUGGGAGACAACAGAACGGGAGGAUAAAUGUUUGAGAGAAUAUCAGACUGAAAUGGAACAAUUGUUGCAAGAAAAGAUGUCUCAUGUGGAAGAAUUGAGACUUAUCCACGCAGAUAUAAACAUGAUGGAGACAACCAUCAAACAAUCACAAACAUCACGAGAUCGUUGUCUGGAGAAUGUUCGUCGUCUUCACGCAGACUACACACCACUAAAAGAAGAAAUUGACAGGAUGAGAGACUCAUUGGGACUGGACAAACUGCCUGGAUUACCCGAUGAAGACAAACUGAAGAAAGAUUACUUGAAUAACAACAGGGGAAUACCAACAUGGCUCCCUUCUCCCCCAGACCUCUUACCUCACUCGGUCGCUUCACAAAUCAUGGCCGCCACAGCAGCAGCCAAUCAGCUUGUUAGUAAACCCCACAAUCCACUGGAAGCUCGGCCAUUCAGACAACAGCCUCCACCAAUGAAAUCAUGCCUCUCAUGUCAUCAGCAAAUACACAGAAAUGCUCCAAUUUGUCCACUUUGCAAGGCCAAAAGUCGCUCGAGACAUCCGAAGAAAAAUAAAAGAAAAUUAGAGGAAACAAAUUGAAUAAACUGACUGUAUAUUGUGUAAAAUUAGUGUUGUAGAAAAUAAUGAAAUAUAAUUGAUUGAAAUAUGUACUGAAAGUUAGAGAAUACGCUCUGAAACAAGGUUUAAAUAUUUUAUACAAUAAAUUCGGAUUAAAACAAAGUUAGUAAAAUAAAUUUAAAAAGAACUUACUUUGUAGGGGUCCACAGUUUGAUCAUGGAGUAUUUCUGCCGUCAGGUUUCAUUUGAAAGUUUCCAUGAUUUCGCAGACAGUCACGGACAAAAACACG